AUGCUUCAGAAUCUCGCAUCGAAUUCGCAACCGCCAAAGGCACCAACGAUUCCGCCUAUAAAGGCGACUCCAUCGCCACCUACUCCAGUGUCAAACUUGGGACAAGAGGCAGUGAACAUAAGUCUCUCAGAGCAAAGGAAGAAGGACUGGAACAUCAUAAAAAGACUUGCCGAGAAUAUCUGGCCACGGAACGACUGGUCAACGCGAAGGCGGGUGCUUUUUGGCUUCGGAUUGUUAAUAGCAGGAAAGCUGCUUAAUGUACAAGUUCCUUUGCUAUUUAAGGAGAUCAUUGACUCGCUCAACUUGGAUAUCACGGCGGGAUCAACAGUGUGGGUAGUAGCCGGGUCGCUCGUAUUGGGUUAUGGAGCUGCACGUAUUGGGGCCACGCUGUCUGGGGAACUGUUAAACGCAGUCUUCGCGAACGUCGGUCAGCGAGCGGUCCGCAAGGUUGCUCGUCAAACGUUUGAGCAUCUUCUCAACCUGGACGUCAAAUUUCACCUUUCUCGCCAAACGGGUGGUCUUACAAGAGCUAUCGACCGCGGUACUAAGGGUAUCACUUUCAUCUUGCAGGCAAUCAUCUUCCGAAUUGUGCCUACGGCUCUAGAGAUUUCCCUUUCAUACAAGUUUGGGUGGGAUUUUGCUGCCAUCACUGUUGUGACCAUGGCUGCUUACACAUGGUUCACCGUGCGGACAACAUCAUGGCGGACGCGUUUCCGCCGAGAAGCAAAUGUUGCAGAUAACAAGGCCGCCACAGUUGCUGUGGACUCACUAAUCAACUACGAGGCUGUCAAGCACUUCAACAACGAGAAGUACGAAAUCAAGCAGUAUGACCAGCAUUUGUCAGCCUACGAGAAGGCCUCUGUCAAGAUUGCUACGUCUCUGGCAUAUCUUAAUUCAGGGCAGAAUGUGAUUUUCUCUACGGCGCUGACCGCCAUGAUGUUCCUUGCGGCCCAAGGUGUCAUCAAUGGUACAAUGACGGUAGGUGACCUUGUCAUGGCCAAUCAGCUAGUGUUUCAGUUAUCUCUUCCACUGAACUUCCUGGGCACAAUCUAUCGGGAGAUGCGGCAGAGCCUGCUUGACAUGGAAGUCCUGUUCAAUUUGGUGACUGAGAACCAGCCACCCAAGGACAAGCCCGACGCGCAACCGCUCCAGCUUCAAGGCGGCUCGAUCCAGUUCAAGAACGUGAGCUUUGGAUACCAUCCCGAUCGCCCCAUCUUCCGGGAUCUCUCCUUCGCGAUCCCUGCGGGCAAGAAAGUCGCGCUCGUCGGCCCAUCCGGAUGCGGUAAGUCGACCGUCUUCCGGUUGCUCUUCCGCUUCUAUGAGCCGAGCAGCGGGCGGAUCCUUGUCGACGGACAAGAUGUAAAGGACCUGCAGCUUACGUCGCUCCGCGCGGCGAUUGGUGUUGUUCCGCAGGAUACACCCCUAUUCCACUCGGACGUGCUUCAGAAUGUGCGAUAUGGUCGUUUAGAUGCGUCGGACGAAGAGGUCUUUGAGGCUGCUCGGAAGGCGCAUGUGCACGACGCAAUCAUGCGUCUGCCAGAUGGGUACAAGACGAAGGUGGGGGAGCGAGGUUUGAUGAUCUCUGGGGGUGAGAAACAGCGAUUGGCAGUGGCGCGCGUGUUGUUAAAGGAUCCACCAAUACUGUUCUUCGACGAAGCUACAUCCGCUCUGGAUGCUCACUCUGAGGCGGAGCUGAUGCGAAAUAUUAACUCAUUACUGACAGAGAAGCGCAGAACAAGUAUCUUCAUUGCGCAUCGCCUUCGCACUGUCGUCGAAGCGGAUCUCAUCAUCGUCCUCAAGGAUGGUGAAGUAGUGGAGCAGGGUACUCAUGAUGAACUACUACGUGCCGGCGGGCUGUACCAAAGCAUGUGGUUGGAGCAAGUCUACCAGGAGGAAUACCAGACUCCGGAAUCUGGUGAGCUCGUGGACACUUAA